ACACUUUAAAUGAUGACGCGCACACUUUGCGGUUUGACUGCGAGGGCACUGCCACAGAUUCUGCAUUAGAGCAUGGCAUUUUGGCAUUGGAGCAUCGUCACCGCUUCACGCUCUUUGGGACACGGACUCUGUGCACGUCGCUGCGUCAUGGCCUUUUCAACCCACGUUCAUGUCGAGUCUGGUGCCAAGAGUUGGUCGUUGCCGACGGGCCUAUUCAUCAAUAAUGCAUUUAUUCCCUCUGUGACGGGAAGCAAGUUUGACACAAUUGACCCGUCUACAGGGGACGUCAUCACUCAAGUCUUUCAAGCUGGAAAGGAAGACGUGGACAUUGCUGUGACAGCUGCACAAAAGGCUCUAGCAACAUGGCAGAGUAUACCUGCGGCAGAAAGGGGCAAGUGCCUUUUGAAACUCGCAGAUUUGAUUGAACAAAACAGCACCGAACUCGCCGAACUUGAAUCUUUGGAUAAUGGCAAAACAGUAAAGGAUGCCAUCGGAGACGUCCAAGGUGUCGUCGAAGUAUACCGUUACUACGCUGGCUGGACAGAUAAGAUUGCUGGACAGACCUUGGACAUUGACCCAAAGCUGCAUACAUAUACACGAGUCGAGCCUCUCGGUGUCGUCGGACAAAUCAUACCAUGGAAUUACCCUCUCAUGAUGCAGGCGUGGAAGCUUGCCCCAGCCUUGGCAUGUGGAAAUACUAUUGUCAUGAAGACUUCUGAAAAAACGCCCCUCAGUGGCCUCAAAGUCGCCGAACUCAUUGCAAAAGCCGGAUUCCCUCCAGGUGUCGUCAACAUCCUGUCUGGGUUCGGUACUCCUUGUGGUGAAGCCAUCGCGCGACACCGCGACAUUGCCAAGAUUGCCUUUACAGGCUCAACAGCCGUCGGAAGAAAGAUUAUGAUCAUGGCCGCAGAAAGCAAUUUGAAAAAAGUGACCUUGGAGUUGGGAGGCAAAAGCCCAAAUAUUGUCUUUGAUGAUGCGGACCUGGAUCAAGCGGUUGAAGCAUGCUUUGGAGGCAUCUUUGAGAACAUGGGACAAAAUUGCUGUGCUGGUUCCAGAGUAUUUGUGCAAGCAGGGAUUUACGAUCUUUUUGUUGAAAAGUUCAGGCAAAAGAUGUCUCAGGCAAAGCUCGGCCAUCCUCGCGAUCCCACAGCAACUAUGGGACCGCUUGUUGAUGCUCAGCAAUUCAACUCUGUCAGCUCCUAUAUAUCCAUCGGCGUCAAAGAGGGAGCCACAUUAGCCUAUGGUGGAAAACGACAAGGCACCAAAGGCUUCUUUCUCGAGCCUGCUCUAUUCACUGACGUUACUGAUAGCAUGCGAAUCUACCAAGAGGAAAUCUUUGGACCAGUUGCCUGUGUUGUAAAAUUUGAGACUGAGGAAGAGGUUCUGAAAAAGGCCAAUGCAACAAGUUACGGCUUGGCGGCUGCUGUUCACACGAAUGAUUUAAGACGGGCGGUGAGGAUGGAGAAAGGGAUGAAGGCGGGAAACGUGUGGGUCAAUUGUUAUAAUUUGACCCUGCCGCAAUUACCGUUUGGCGGAUUCAAACAAUCUGGAAUUGGGCGGGAACUUGGAGAGUAUGGAUUACGAGAAUAUACUCAGGUCAAGUCGGUAGUCAUGAAUCUUGCUUGA